UUGCAUUCCAACGGCUAGACGAGGAAAUAGAAAUGAGAAAACCCUAGGAAAAGGCGGGAGAGGAUCGAUCCACGGGAAAUGACUCGAAAAAAAAGGAAAAAUAGGAGAAAAAAAUUGAAUGAGAGAGGAAACGAAAUGAAUCGAUCGAUGAACACGAAGCCGUCGCAGGGAGCGGGAGUUUCGAUCGGGCGGUUACAAAUAGGAAUAAUUACUAAAAUUGGGAACGAUCGAGAGAGAUUUAAGGGCGACAGUUCAAAAGCCAAACAAAUUUCUACAGGUCAUGCGAAGUUUCUGUCCUCACAAAUUUUUAUAUUCUUUUUUCGUUUUUUUCCCCUACUUAGGGAUCCUCAUCUUUCUCUUUAAAACACGAUCUGGGUGGCUCCUCUUUUUGAUUUACGAUCACAAGGUGGUUUUUUUUUUCAAUUUUACUUAAUAAAUUAUGGUUUCGGUUUCGUUCAAUUUGGAAUGACUGUUGUGUUGAUAAUCUAGGGUUUGGAGGAUAAUGAUAAGGGGCUUCUUCUUGAUUCUCUUGUUGAUCCAUGGAGCUGCAGCUGCUGCGAUCCCUGCAGCUAAUAAUUCUCCCAAAUGGCCGACAUUGAGCGGAAAUGCUCCUUUGGUCAUAGCACGUGGAGGGUACUCUGGGCUCUUCCCAGAGUCGACGGAAUUCGCCAACAAGUUUGCAAUGAUGAGUAGUGUGGAGAAUGUUGUACUUUACUGCAACUUGCAAUUGGCAAAAGAUGGUGCUGGUCUCUGCAAGACAGAUAUCCGGCUGGAUAACUCCACGAACAUUGCCACAGUAUUUCCCAAAGGACAGAAGACGUACAAUGUGAAUGGUAAGAGCAUCACUGGAUGGUUUGCAGUGGAUUUUACUGGUGACGAACUUAAUCAAGUCAGUGUGUCUCAGAAUAUCCUUUCUCGACCAAGUGCAUUUGAUAUGACCAGCCCAAUCCCUUUGAUUGGAGAUGUUAUUUCUGUCCAGCCCCCUGCAAUUUGGUUGAAUGUUCAGUUCAACUCAUUCCUGAAGGAGCACAAUUUAGAUGCAGGGCAAUUUAUAUCAGAAGCAUUAAAAGAGGCUGGAAUCGGCUUCAUCUCCUCCCCAGAAAUUAAUUUCUUAAAAGACAUUGGAGGAAGUUACAAAGGGAGCAAGACAAAGCUCAUUUUCCGUUUCCUAGAACAGGAUGCUGUUGAACCUUCAACUAAAUCAACAUAUGCCUCUCUACUAAAAGAUCUGAACAAUAUCAAGUCAUUUGCUUCUGGGAUCCUUGUUCCCAAGAACUAUAUAUGGCCUGUUGGUUCAGAUCAGUACCUAGGCGCUGCAACAACUCUAGUCGCAGAUGCUCAUAAACUGGGACUUGAAGUUUAUGCAUCUGGUUUUGCAAAUGAUGCCCCUGCAAGCUAUAAUUACAGCUAUGAUCCGAUUGCCGAGUAUUUGCAGUUUGUUGAUGGUGCAGAUUUUUCGGUUGAUGGUGUGCUCACAGACUUCCCUUCCACUGCAUCAGAAGCUAUAGCUUGUUUUGCUCAUAACAAGGAUGCUCCACCUAAAAAAAAGAACCCGCUCAUUAUAACACACAAUGGUGCAAGCGGGGUCUUUGCUGGAUGCACAGAUCUUGCUUAUCAGAAGGCAGUAGAGGAUGGGGCUGAUGUAAUUGAUUGUUCUGUUCAAAUGUCGAAGGAUGGAAUUCCAUUCUGCUUGGAUUCAGCUGACCUUAUGGGUGAUACGACUGCAAUGACUACUUUUAUGUCCCGAUCCUCCGAGGUCCCCGAAAUACAGAAGAACAAAGGAAUCUUCUCAUUUGAUCUCACAUGGAGUGAGAUCCAGAGCUUGAAAUCGCAACUGACUAGCCCCUUCUAUCAAGCUGGACUUUUAAGAAAUCCUGCAGCAAAAAAUCAAGGCAAGUUGAUGACUCUGGAUGACUUUCUGGAGUUUGCUAAGAAGAGCACUCUACAAGGUAUCUUAAUCAGGAUACAGAAUGCUGCUUUCCUUGCAUCUCAGAAGGGUCUUGGUAUAGUUGAUGCAGUCUCCUCGGCCUUGACUAAAGCCACUUAUGACAAAGUGGCCAAUCAGCAAGUAUUUAUCCAGUCUGAUGACACCUCAGUUCUCUCUGUAUUCAAGACCUCUCCCAGCUACAAGCGAGUCCUUUUUAUCGAAGAGACAAUAAGUGAUGUUCCGAAGCCUUCUGCGGAUGAGAUCAAGAAGUUCGCAGACUCAGUUACCAUCACAAGAUCUUCCAUUUUUAAGUUCACAGACUCCUUCCUCUCUACUACCUACAAUGUGGUGAAAGAAAUGCAUGCAGCCAACAUCUCUGUUUAUGUGGAAGUACUGAGGAAUGAAUUCAUGGCGGUGGCAUUUGAUUUCUUCUCUGAUCCUAUGGAGGAACUUGCAAGUUUUAUCGCUAGUCAGGGGGUGGAUGGAGUUAUCACAGAAUUCCCAAAAACUGCUAACGCCUACCUGAGGAGUCCAUGUGCUGAUCCAAACUCCAAACCCUACUCCAUCUUCCCAGUCCAAGCUGGAGAUCUCCUAUCGUUGGUCCCAUCGGGUGCCCUAAGUCCAGCUGAAGCCCCUGCAGCCGUCCUAGAAUCUGCCAGCAUCGCGGACCCACCACCACCACUGCCACCUGUCAGUGCCAGCUCAUCAUCAGGUUCAGCUUCGGGGCCCAAUGCCAAUUCCAGCGGCCAGCCACGAGCGAACCAGCCACGAGCGGAAGUUCUGGGUGUUCUUUAUCUCUUCAUGGCAGUGCUCAGUUUGGUGUACUAUAAUGUCUAGUGAUACGUACGUGUUGAUAUCCUUAAUCGGUUUCGUUUGUUGUGAAUGUUCUUGUUGUUUAUGGUAAAUUUGUCGGUUGGGUGCUGAGUGUGAGUGGUGUAUUAGAUGGUUGUUGCUGGGUUACACACUGUGAUUGUCUUUUAUUUUGCUAGUAGCGUUACGCAUGUGAUUCAUGUUUUCACCGUA